UUCACCCUCCGCAGCAACUGCCUGAGAACCGCCAUGCCGUCCAAGAAGCAGAGCGCCCGCAGCGUGGCGCAGGCCCGGCGGACAGUGCAGCAGCUGAAGCUGGAGGCCAGCGUCGAGAGGAUGAAGGUGUCCAAGGCGUCAUUAGACCUGAUGCUCUACUGCAGGAAGCACGCCAAACAUGACCCGCUGCUCAUGGGAAUCCCCGCCUCAGAAAACCCUUUCAAGGACAAGAGGCCUUGCACCCUUUUGUAA